AUGGCAGUGGACUGCCUCUUCAAGGUGUGUCCCAUGAACCGCUACUCGGCCCAGAAGCAGUACUGGAAGGCCAAACAGACCAAGCAGGACAAGGAGAAGAUCGCCGAUGUGGUGCUGCUCCAGAAGUUGCAGCAUGCAGCCCAGAUGGAGCAGAAGCAGAACGACACGGAGAACAAGAAGGUGCACGGGGACGUGGUGAAGUACGGCAGUGUGAUCCAGCUCCUGCACAUGAAGAGCAACAAGUACCUGACGGUGAACAAGCGGCUUCCGGCCCUGCUGGAGAAGAACGCCAUGCGGGUGACUCUGGACGGAACGGGCAACGAGGGCUCCUGGCUCUUCAUCCAGCCCUUCUGGAAGCUGCGGAGCAACGGCGACAACGUGGUGGUGGGGGACAAGGUGAUCCUGAAUCCUGUCAACGCGGGGCAGCCUCUGCACGCCAGCAACUAUGAGCUCAGUGACAACGCGGGCUGCAAGGAGGUCAACUCCGUGAACUGCAACACCAGCUGGAAGAUCAACCUGUUCAUGCAGUUCCGAGACCACCUGGAAGAGGUGUUGAAAGGGGGAGAUGUGGUGCGGCUGUUCCACGCGGAGCAGGAGAAGUUCCUGACGUGUGACGAGUACAAGGGCAAGCUGCAGGUGUUCCUGCGCACGACGCUGCGCCAGUCCGCCACCUCGGCCACCAGCUCCAACGCCCUCUGGGAGGUGGAGGUGGUCCACCACGACCCCUGCCGUGGGGGAGCUGGCCACUGGAACGGCCUGUACCGCUUCAAGCACCUGGCCACAGGCAACUACCUGGCCGCCGAGGAGAACCCCAGCUACAAGGGUGAUGCCUGUGAUCCCAAGGCAGCGGGAAUGGGUGCUCAGAGUCGUGUAGGUCGCCGGAACGCUGGGGAGAAGAUCAAGUACCGCCUGGUGGCUGUGCCCCACGGCAACGACAUCGCUUCCCUCUUUGAGCUGGACCCCACCACGUUGCAGAAAACCGACUCCUUUGUGCCCCGGAACUCCUACGUCCGUCUGCGGCACCUCUGCACCAACACGUGGAUCCAGAGCACCAAUGUGCCCAUCGACAUCGAGGAGGAGCGGCCCAUUCGGCUCAUGCUGGGCACCUGCCCCACCAAGGAGGACAAGGAGGCCUUUGCCAUCGUGUCUGUGCCAGUGUCCGAGAUCCGAGACCUGGACUUCGCCAACGAUGCCAGCUCCAUGCUGGCCAGUGCCGUGGAGAAACUCAACGAGGGCUUCAUCAGCCAGAACGACCGCAGGUUUGUCAUCCAGCUGCUGGAGGACCUGGUGUUCUUCGUCAGCGACGUCCCCAACAAUGGGCAGAAUGUGCUGGACGUCAUGGUCACCAAGCCCAACCGGGAACGGCAGAAGCUGAUGAGGGAGCAGAACAUCCUCAAACAGAUCUUUGGCAUUCUGAAGGCCCCUUUCCGUGACAAGGGGGGUGAGGGCCCCCUGGUGCGGCUGGAGGAGCUGUCAGACCAGAAGAACGCCCCCUACCAGCACAUGUUCCGUCUCUGCUACCGGGUCCUGAGGCAUUCCCAGGAGGAUUACCGCAAGAACCAGGAGCACAUCGCCAAGCAGUUUGGGAUGAUGCAGUCCCAGAUCGGCUAUGACAUCCUGGCGGAAGACACCAUCACUGCCCUCCUGCACAACAACCGCAAGCUUCUAGAGAAACACAUCACCAAGACCGAGGUGGAGACCUUCGUCAGCCUCGUGCGCAAGAACCGGGAGCCCAGGUUCCUGGACUACCUCUCUGACCUGUGUGUGUCCAACCACAUCGCCAUCCCCGUCACCCAGGAGCUCAUCUGCAAGUGUGUGCUGGACCCCAAGAACAGCGACAUUCUCAUCCAGACCGAGCUUCGGCCAGUGAAGGAGAUGGCCCAGUCCCACGAGUACCUGAGCAUCGAGUACUCAGAGGAGGAGGUGUGGCUCACUUGGACCGACAGGAAUAACGAGCACCACGAGAAGAGCGUGCGGCAGCUAGCCCAGGAGGCGCGGGCGGGCAAUGCCCACGACGAGAACGUGCUCAGCUACUACAGGUGCCUCGGGGCCCAGCUCCUUCCCGUCCUUAGCGCUUCCGGUGCCCUCGGGCCUCCUCACAAGGCCGUGCAGCUGCUGAUCUCCGCUCAGGAUGUGGAGAACUAUAAGGUGAUCAAGUCAGAGCUGGACCGGCUGCGGACCAUGGUGGAGAAGUCAGAGCUGUGGGUGGAUAAGAAGGGCAGCAGCAAGGGCGAGGAGGUGGACACAGGUGCUGCCAAAGACAAGAAGGAGCGGCCCACAGACGAGGAGGGCUUUCUGCACCCACCUGGGGAGAAGAGCAGUGAGAACUACCAGAUUGUCAAAGGCAUCCUGGAACGGCUGAAUAAGAUGUGCGGCGUGGGGGAGCAGAUGAGGAAGAAGCAGCAGAGGCUGCUCAAGAACAUGGAUGCCCACAAGGUCAUGCUGGACCUGCUGCAGAUCCCCUAUGACAAGGGUGAUGCCAAGAUGAUGGAGAUCCUGCGCUACACGCACCAGUUCCUGCAGAAGUUCUGCGCGGGGAACCCGGGCAACCAGGCCCUGCUGCAUAAGCACCUGCACCUCUUCCUCACGCCGGGGCUCCUGGAGGCAGAGACCAUGCAGCACAUCUUCCUGAACAACUACCAGCUGUGCUCGGAAAUCAGCGAGCCCGUGCUGCAGCACUUCGUGCACCUGCUGGCCACCCACGGGCGGCACGUGCAGUACCUGGACUUCCUGCACACUGUCAUCAAGGCCGAGGGCAAGUACGUCAAGAAGUGCCAGGACAUGAUCAUGACCGAGCUGACCAACGCGGGUGACGACGUGGUCGUGUUCUACAAUGACAAGGCCUCGCUGGCCCACCUGCUAGACAUGAUGAAGGCCGCCCGGGAUGGCGUGGAGGACCACAGCCCCCUCAUGUACCACAUCUCCCUGGUGGACUUGCUGGCCGCCUGCGCCGAGGGCAAGAACGUCUACACGGAGAUCAAGUGCACCUCUCUGCUGCCCCUGGAGGACGUGGUGUCUGUGGUGACACAUGAGGACUGCAUCACCGAGGUGAAAAUGGCUUAUGUGAACUUCGUGAAUCACUGCUAUGUGGACACGGAGGUGGAGAUGAAAGAGAUCUACACGAGCAACCACAUCUGGACACUCUUUGAGAACUUCACCCUGGACAUGGCUCGGGUGUGCAGUAAGCGGGAGAAGCGCCUGGCUGACCCCACGCUGGAGAAGUACGUGCUGACUGUCGUGCUGGACACCAUUGGCGCGUUCUUCAGCUCUCCGUUCUCCGAGAACAGCACCUCCCUGCAGACACACCAGACCAUUGUGGUGCAGCUGCUGCAGUCCAGCACACGGCUGCUCGAGUGUCCGUGGCUGCAGCAGCAGCACAAGGGCUCCGUGGAGGCCUGCAUCCGGACCCUCGCCAUGGUGGCCAAAGGCCGGGCCAUCUCGCUGCCCAUGGACCUGGAUGCGCACAUCAGCUCGCUGCUCAGCAGUGGCGCCACGUGUAUGGCUGCCGCCCAGCGCAGCGCUUCUAACUACAAGGCCACCGCACGGGCCUUCCCGCGCGUCCCGCCCGCUGCCAACCAGUGGGACUACAAGAACAUCAUCGAGAAGCUGCAGGACAUCAUCACGGCCCUGGAGGAGCGGCUGAGGCCCCUGGUACAGGCCGAGCUGUCGGUGCUGGUGGACGUCCUGCACUGGCCCGAGUUGCUCUUCCUGGAGGGCAGUGAGGCCUACCAGCGCUGCGAGAGUGGGGGCUUCCUGUCCAAGCUGAUCCAGCACACCAAGGACCUCAUGGAGUCGGAGGAGAAGCUGUGUGUCAAGGUGCUGCGGACCCUGCAGCAGAUGCUGCUCAAGAAGACCAAGUACGGGGACCGGGGCAAUCAGCUGCGCAAGAUGCUGCUACAAAACUACCUCCAGAACCGGAAGUCCAGCUCAAGGGGGGACCUUCCAGACCCCAUGGGCACUGGCCUGGACCAAGACUGGUCAGCAAUUGCGGCCACCCAGUGCCGGCUGGACAAGGAGGGGGCCACCAAGCUGGUAUGCGACCUGAUCACCAGCACCAAGAACGAGAAGAUCUUCCAGGAGAGCAUUGGCCUGGCCAUCCGCCUGCUGGAUGGUGGCAACACUGAGAUCCAGAAAUCCUUCUACAACCUGAUGACAAGUGACAAGAAGUCAGAGCGCUUCUUCAAAGUGUUGCACGACCGCAUGAAGCGGGCCCAGCAGGAGACCAAGUCCACAGUGGCCGUCAACAUGAACGACCUGGGCAGUCAGCCGCGCGAGGACCGGGAGCCUGCAGACCCCACCACCAAAGGCCGCGUAGCUUCCUUCUCGAUGCCAGGCUCCCCAUCCCGCUAUUCGUUGGGCCCCGGCCUACGCCGGGGCCACGAGGUGGGCGAGCGCGUGCAGAGCAACGAGAUGGGCACGUCCGUGCUCAUCAUGCAGCCCAUCCUGCGCUUUCUGCAGCUGCUGUGUGAGAAUCACAACCGGGAUCUGCAGAACUUCCUGCGCUCUCAGAACAACAAGACCAACUAUAACCUGGUGUGCGAGACGCUUCAGUUUCUGGACAUCAUGUGCGGCAGCACCACCGGCGGCCUGGGGCUGCUGGGCCUUUACAUCAAUGAGGACAACGUGGGCCUGGUCAUCCAGACGCUGGAGACCCUCACUGAGUACUGCCAGGGCCCCUGCCACGAGAACCAGACCUGCAUCGUGACGCACGAGUCCAAUGGCAUAGACAUCAUCACAGCGCUGAUUCUCAAUGACAUCAGUCCCCUGUGCAAGUACCGUAUGGAUCUGGUGCUGCAGCUCAAGGACAAUGCCUCCAAGCUGCUCUUGGCUCUGAUGGAGAGCCGGCACGACAGUGAAAACGCGGAGCGAAUCCUCAUCAGCCUGCGGCCCCAGGAGCUGGUGGACGUCAUCAAGAAGGCCUACCUGCAGGAGGAGGAGCGUGAGAACUCGGAGGUGAGCCCACGGGAAGUGGGCCACAACAUCUACAUCCUGGCGCUGCAGCUCUCCAGGCACAACAAGCAGCUGCAGCACCUGCUGAAGCCGGUGAAGCGCAUUCAAGAGGAGGAGGCCGAGGGCAUCUCUUCCAUGCUCAGCCUCAACAACAAGCAGCUGUCCCAGAUGCUCAAGUCCUCAGCGCCUGCCCAGGAGGAGGAGGAGGACCCCCUGGCCUACUACGAGAACCACACGUCCCAGAUAGAGAUCGUGCGGCAGGACCGCAGCAUGGAGCAGAUCGUGUUCCCGGUGCCUGGCAUCUGCCAGUUCCUGACAGAGGAGACCAAGCACCGGCUCUUCACCACCACAGAGCAGGAUGAGCAGGGCAGCAAAGUGAGCGACUUCUUCGACCAGUCCUCCUUCCUGCACAAUGAAAUGGAAUGGCAGCGCAAGCUCCGCAGCAUGCCACUGAUCUACUGGUUCUCCCGCCGCAUGACCCUGUGGGGCAGUAUUUCCUUCAACCUGGCGGUUUUUAUCAACAUCAUCAUUGCCUUCUUCUAUCCCUACAUGGAGGGCGCGUCCACAGGCGUGCUGGGCUCCCCACUCAUCUCCCUGCUCUUCUGGAUCCUCAUCUGCUUCUCCAUCGUGGCCCUGUUCACCAAGCGCUACAGCAUCCGCCCCCUCAUUGUGGCACUCAUCCUGCGCUCCAUCUACUACCUGGGCAUUGGGCCCACACUCAACAUCCUGGGUGCCCUCAACCUGACCAACAAGAUCGUCUUUGUGGUGAGCUUCGUGGGCAACCGAGGCACCUUCAUCCGGGGCUAUAAGGCCAUGGUCAUGGACAUGGAGUUCCUCUACCAUGUGGGCUACAUCCUGACUAGUGUCCUGGGCCUCUUUGUCCAUGAGCUCUUCUACAGCAUUCUGCUCUUUGACCUCAUCUACCGUGAGGAGACACUGUUCAACGUCAUCAAGAGCGUGACUCGCAAUGGCCGCUCCAUCCUGCUGACCGCCCUGCUGGCCCUCAUCCUCGUCUACCUCUUCUCCAUUGUUGGCUUCCUCUUCCUUAAGGAUGACUUCAUCCUUGAGGUCGACCGGCUGCCCGGCAAUCACUCUGGAGCCAGCCCCCUGGGGAUGCCACAUGGAGCUGCCACAUUCGUGGGCACGUGCAGUGGGGACAAACUGAAUUGUGUCUCAGGGGUCUCGGUGCCUGAGGUCCUGGAAGGGAACGAAGAGCUGGAGAGCACGGAGCGGGCCUGUGACACUCUGCUGAUGUGCAUCGUCACUGUCAUGAACCACGGGCUGCGCAACGGUGGCGGCGUGGGCGACAUUCUCCGCAAGCCCUCCAAAGACGAGUCUCUCUUCCCAGCCCGUGUGGUUUACGACCUCCUGUUCUUCUUCAUUGUCAUCAUCAUCGUGCUGAACCUCAUCUUUGGGGUGAUCAUCGACACCUUUGCCGACCUGCGCAGCGAGAAGCAGAAGAAGGAAGAGAUUCUCAAGACCACGUGCUUCAUCUGCGGUCUGGAGAGAGACAAGUUUGAUAACAAGACAGUGUCCUUUGAGGAGCACAUCAAGUUCGAACACAACAUGUGGAACUACCUGUACUUCAUUGUGCUGGUCCGUGUGAAAAACAAGACGGACUACACGGGGCCCGAGAGCUACGUGGCCCAGAUGAUCAAGGUGUGGCCCCGGGGAGGAGCGGCUGCGGCCGCCGGGGAGGGACAGCUGGGGACAGCUGGGGACACCUGUGGACACCCGUGGAAAGGCCGGCCUCACUGGAGCCCCGCCAGCUGCCCGAGCUGCGGAGGGACCUCUGAGCUCUCCUGCGCGGGCUCUGUUGUCAGGAAAAGCCAAGGACGUGUGUGGUGUCCCCGGGGCCUGUGGGUGCCCGACACUGAGUAAUCGGGAGAGCAGGGCAGACGCUGCCCCUGGUGGCUGCUCAGUGGACCAUUCGGAGGGAGCCUUGUCCAGCUCGGCAAGAGGAAGGGCAGCUUCCCAAAGCUUUGGAUGGUCUAGGCUGAGAGGGGGCCUGGAAAAGCUUGCAACUAUCAGACUUAGGAGGAAUCAGAGUUAAUCUGUCCAAUUUCUGUUGUGUGAAGGGAGUGAAAGCAGUGAAUAGUAAUAAAAAAAAAAGGUCUUGUAGUGUUUCGGGAAAAGGAAGCCCAUCCGUUCCAUCAAAUGUAGUGCAUCUUCAAAUUACUGCAUAACGGAUAAAUUGCAGGCUAAAAGGAAAGAGC